AUUUUUUAUGAAUGGGAGACUGGUUAAAAAUUGCGGAGCUGUUUACAAAUCUACGAGCUGCAGAAUAACAUUAAAAUCACAGGGUUGAUGUGAAAAGGAAAUCUAUUUUUACAGAAAAUCUCUAUAACACUUAGUGGAAGCUACUUAUAUGUCAGUUAAAACGAAACUAUAACUUCAAAAGGCAAAAAAGAUGCCACGCAAGGCAAUGAAAUGCAUCGUAGAGAUUGAUUUGCAUGUUAUAACAUGUCCUGGGACGUUUCUUCGAGAUUAUGAAUAUGUAUAUUUGCAUAUGGAAAUGUUGGGCUUGGAAGCAAGAACUAAAUCUGUCCCACCAACUUUUCCUUUGUUUUUUCAUGAGAGAUUAAAGUUCGAAAGAACUUUUUAUGAUUGCACUGAUCCUGCUCUUGUCGCAGCACUUUUGAAGGGAGAAGACAUCAUUGUUGAAUUACGGCAACACACCGACUAUAUCACAGAUGGAAAGGUUAUUUCUCAUUGCAGUAGCAACACUCACGACUUUUUGUAUCCAGCAAUACCGCCAUACUAUGGAUCUGGUAGAGAAAUAUUAUUAUACAAAACUGCAAAAUUUAAACCUAUCAGAGUAACUGGAGAACCUGUCAAAUUGGAGUUUUCAACAAAAACAGUGAUAAAAGAAGUUCCAGAUUAUGACACCAUGGAGAAUGGGGACAAAGGCCAGCGUGUUUUGAACGCCUAUACACUACGCAAAUCCAGCUCAAAGGAAAGUCUUAAGCCUAAAAAGUCCAACUUAAAAAAUUCCAAAAGUACGCCUGACUUGUCGCAAAAGGAACAAGAGGAAUUUGUUAUCCGUAGAAAGGAUGAUACUGUAUUAUCCAAUCGUGACUUUUCAACUUUUGUCAAUCCUAAGCCUCGUCGAUCACCAUCACCUGCUCGGAAGAUGUUACGACAACGCUCGGCGUCUCCAUCGCGAACGAAAAAGGCGCUGGGAAAUACAACAGUCGAAUCUAUUCCAGCAUGGAAAUACUCAUCUGAUUAUCCUCACCAUUACCCUUCAAGACAUUAUCGUUCAGUGACUGAUCCUUUUUAUUACACUUCAACCCCUGCGAAAAAUUUAAGCUACGCUUUUGAUGAUUUGAAUCUGUCAGGAAGAAGGAGUCGCAGCUACAUCUCGCCGAGUUACUACGUCUCACCUAACAUUACCUCCGCUUUGAACUCGUCUCAGCGUAUCCAACGUAGAGUUGAUAAUAUUCUACAUAAGAAACACUAUUCAGUGGAUUCAGAUGCUGAGAGUGAUUAUUCACUGGAUUUAUUGCGAGAAUCGUUGCGCGAUGAGAGGAACGCGUUAAACGAUGCUAUCAAGGAGGCUGACAGAGAGGCGUUCUACCGUUCGUUAAACAAAACACGAUAAAGUUUGCACUUGAAGCCAUUUGAACGUAUUGUAAAUAGAAAUACAAACAUUGUCGGAAAAGCGAAUUUUUAUUUAUGCUAGUUCUCCAGGCUAGUGUUUACCAUGUUAGCCUAGUUCACUUACCACUAAAGAAUUUGCUUGUAUUUCACCUAGUUGGUCAAUUAUACUAUAUUUCUAUUUCGCUUAGAGCUAUUUUAGAAGAUUUUAGGUUACUAAUUUUUAAAAUACUUACCGUGUAAACCAGCCUUAAAGAAGUCCUAAGAAAAGAGUAUGUGAAGCCUUAUAUGCUUAUAUUUUGGGUUGGUUUUUACUUCGAAAACAUUCUGUUAUUCGUUAGCGGCUUGAAUAGCGUGAAUUCAUAAAACAGCGACUUUUGUAAAAUUUGUAUUUUAUGUUGUUUGUAUAAUCAAGUCAUGUUAGUAAUCGAGCUAAAUUAUAUUUUUAAAUGUAUUAUACUUUCGUGUUUAUUUUUGCGUGUUUUCGUUACUGUUUUGAGUUAGCAGCGUUUCGUUACGGUUUCGUGUAGACAUCGUUCCGUUGUUGUUUGAGAUAAUUACUACUUUCGUCACUGUUACGAGUGAACGCCGCUUUCGUUGCUGUUUCGAGAAAUUAUCGCUUUUGUAAAAAAACUUAACAUGUUUAACAUGUUCUUAUCUAAACAGUGCUCGUUUAAAGUUCUUAACUUCGGAAUCCGUAAUGUUCCCGCUGUGUGGACUUAUGAUUUAUGUGCGUCUUAUCAACGUCGUCCCCAGGGAUAUUUUAUUUUUAGACAUUGGGUGCUUGGGUCGAGUGUAUGCCAAAAAGAAGUCUUGGGGACGAGGUUGUUGUGUUGUUAUUUAAUGAUUUGGAAUUUUUAUCUAAAAUUUUGUAGUAUACUAAUAUUCUUAUUUUGAAUGUAAUGAACUUAGUGAUUUUUUUAUACAUGGUCACUCCUACCGUAGUAAACAUAGAUACAUCAUUGUAUUUAUUUGAAUAGAAGAUGUGUUCAUGUAUUCA